AUGGACACCGACAUAAAUGACGGCCGUGAAAGGCGUCAAAUGAUGAACCAUCAUCAGGUGCCUUUGCAAAGAAGUCUUCAGCAAGAUUCAGUGUUUCUUGAAGAAGAUAUUGGUGAUGAUAAUGACAUGUGUACUCUUAAUGGAUUGCGGAAUCUGGAAAUACACGAUUCGGAGGACAUGCUUGAUGACACCUGGACCGGCUUGGCAACAGAAGAAUCUAUGCCGCAUGUUGGAGGGAGCAGCUCACGUCUUUUUGAAAACAACAGCAACAAGUUCAGUAGGUAUGGACAGAUAACAAUGCUGUCUGAGGACUUGAGAAUAUCGAAAAUUUUGAGGCGAUUAAUGGUUGAGACCAAUAAAAAGGCUGCGGUAGACCUGUGUAAGAAACUCGAUACGGCUGUUCGAAAUCAGUCGAAUGCCUCAUACAUUUGUCGCUCGUUCGACAUUUUAUUUGACAAUAUGGUAACUGUCCUGCGAAAGUGCCCCACCGAAUGUUUGGAGAAUGCCAGCGUCAUAUUGGGCAUUAUGGGAUAUAUAAAUCGCUACGACUUUGUUAUCUACAAGAAUAACUUAACAAAAACCUAUGCGAAUAACAAGUGUCUUCGGCAAUAUCUAAUGACAGCUCUCCGAACCACUAUAAGUUGCGAUGCCGUAAAUUUGGAUUUGAAACCAUACAGCGAAAGGCUUCUAAGUCUUUUAAAGGAAUAUUUGGAAAACGCUGAAGUUGCUGAAAACUUCAUAGCCAUUAGCGAAACAAUAAGCGAGCUCUCCAAGCAUUAUAAGCAAUCGUUUGUAAGACACUUCAACGACAUUGUCGACAUAAUUAUUGGAUGGCAUUUGGAAAUAGAGCAACCCGCACAUCUGAAGCGACAUUGCGCCAAAGUUCUGCAGCAACUGGCAGAAUACUUUUUGAGCGAAAUGGACUUUACAUUUGGUUUGUUGGGUCAGUUCAUUGAGGAUAUCGAAGCUUGUGGCGAUGAAAUACUCGCAGAAAGCGUUACCAUGAAAUCUAAGCAGCAGACCGAAGCCCGUGUGGGUGCUUUUAUAGGAGCGUUUACUUCGAUCGUAAAAGCAAUGGUGUCCAGAGGGUUUGUCUUUAAUAAUUUCGUCACUUCAGCCAACCUGUUUCAAGAAGCGAAAAAGGUCGUAAAUAAAGUUGCAAAACAAUGUUUUCAGACUGUCGCCUUGGUCAGCGAGGAUACAAUAAUCAAUUUGAACGAAUUCUACUGUGUCAUUUCUUCAUAUGAUAAAAGCGUCGAGAACUUAUGCGAUUUGGAAAGAGUCAUUGAACUUCAAUUGGCCCACCUAUCGGGCUUCAAUGAGAAUCAGCUGGUCAGUUUUUUAUAUAUGGUCCUGAACAUUGUCCGCCAAUACCGAACACAAUUGCCUUUAAGUUUUGUUUCGCUGAUCAUGAACAAGGAAAAUGAACAUUUGCAGGAUUUAAAACUAAAUUGUCGUUGCAAAUCAUACAAACUCCUCCUGAAGAUCUACCACGAAAUAUUAAACAUUAAAAAUGUACCCCUCUUGCAAGAAGCAUAUCGGCACAUUUUAAGAGAUGUAAACGAAAUUGUGGUACAUUUAAAAAGUUCGCGCAAUACCACAAAAAAUCGAGCAUUGAAAUGGGAACUAUUACUUAGUUUUUAUCUGGCUGCUAUAUCUGUUAUGGCCUGUCAGACAUCCUCAAUUAUAGGGAUGUAUGCUCUGAAUCCAUCUAUUUUGGAGCUACUUAUAAAUAAUUGCCAGGCACCGAAUGAGUCGUUGUGGACAAAAUACCCAGUAUUGCACCAUGCAUUAUUAUCCGUUAUUGUGGAGCAUUCAUCGAAAAAUUAUAACUUUCGCCAGUCGUCGCGACUUUUGGUUCAACAUCAAGACUCCCCAACUUCAGAGAACUUCAGCACUAUAUUAAAAUUUUUGGCAACCAUAAUGCGUUGGUAUAUAUCCGCCGAACUUUUGAACUGGUUUGAACAACUUCUGUUAGAAUGCAAGGAAAACCAUGGUGUAUUGGCGGAGAACACUGAUUUUCUAGAAAUGUGCGAAAAUACCGUAGUGUUUGCCAGAAAGAAGCCUAUGUUAUGUUUACGGCAUUUGCAAACCAUUGUAGAAUAUCCAAAAAUGGCAACGUUUGUUUUAUCGACUAUUGCUGAUAUAGCAUUCAGUCUAGUGGAUGGAAACGAUAAAGCACUGCAAGGCAUUUGUUGUGAAUUAUUAGCCCGUUUACCACUGGAUAUUAUAUUCAGGACGAAUGGUAGUAGUGAAAAUGACGUAUGUUCAAUGGAUUACAACCGAAUAAAGAAAUUAUUUUAUUGGUAUAAAGCAACAGGAGCGUACAGUAGUUUGCGGGCUAAAUAUUUUAAAGUGUUCAUUGAAUCGUUGCAGCCCACAUGGGUACAAAACAAUAACGACGGGCUGUACAAAAUAUUUAUGGAAAAAAGUUUCGUGUACUUCCAAAGAGAAAACGUACCGGAAUAUCUGGAAGCUGUACAGAGAAGCACUCAACUCUUAAAUGCUCACUUACAAUACGAAGCUGCCCGUUAUUGUGUGCAGCAGAAGCUUCGCACAACGUUAGGCAAGCCCCAGGAAUCUUUCCUCGCAAUAGAAGCCAUUGUUAUGAGGUAUGCUCGAUUCCUGGCUGAAAAUGAAAGCUUUCCUGACAAUACCAAAUCGGUUCGUAAUAUUACGCAAAUGCAAAAGAAUUGUCGUAUGCUCUUGGGUUUUUUGGAAAAUCUAGAGAAACACAUUUACAAUGCAGCUGAGGGCACCGCUUAUGCCAUGUUUCCUGCGGAGAAACCAGCUAAGACAUUCUUCCGAGUAAACGCACCAACUUGUGCGGAGUGGUUUAAAAGAAUACGAGCCGCUGUAAAUUUAAUUGGACUGUAUUCAAUGGAAUCGGAAAUGGUCAUAAGAUAUUCAGAGAGUAUUUUGGAAAACGAAUCAAUAUUAGCUAAUCGUGCACAUUUGGAGCGCACGGUUACUACCAUGGUAUGGGCUCUAUUUAACUGCCGAGAAACAGAAACACUUAAUGGCUUGCUUGUUUGGCUGAACUCGAAACACUGCAAAGGAUUUGAGUGGAUUCAGUAUGUUGCCGACCACUCCUCUGAACAUUUGGAGAAAGCAGCCGCUGGCUACUUAAGCGUUCUCCACGACACUUGCAACCCUAUAGACACAUUCACGAAGGAAUUUAUAGAAAAACAACUAUGCGAUUGUUUGUACAGUACCGGGAAAUGGGCGGACCUAUUAAGAUUGGCCAAACGUCCUGGAUAUUCCCAGGUUCAUUUACAAUACAUGGAUAAAAUCUAUGAAAAUAAUCUGAAGCAAAGUUCCGGGUUUAACAGUGACAAUGUUACCCAAGCUAUGUGGAACAUGACCGAAUGGAGUGAAGAUUUGAAGCUCAAUAAGCCCCCCAAACAGAUUGACGCCUGUUCCUUAACUGAAGUAGUUGGCAAUUUGCGUGAAGCUUGCACCGCAAGAUCGUUUUGUAAUGCGGCCGAUGACCUAUCUUGGUUUGAGCCAUUCAAGGAUUGCUUAAAACAGGUCUUGUAUCUCAGCAUACAGAACAAUCACGAACCGGGUACUGGAUUUAAUGUGUUGAAUGAAACAUUACUUCUUAACCAUACGGCCAGCAGAAUCGAAGCUAUGGACCAUAUCGUAUUUUGCAAUACCAACGCCAACCAUAUUUCCACAGAUUUGAUUAAUAAAAUUCUAAAUUGGUCUUUAAUUGUGGACAAGGAAUUGCGGAAAGAAUAUGUGCCCCUUUUGCUCGAUGUUGUACAUAAAUCAACGCUAGAUACCAAUUUGGCAUACAGUCAGUCGUUACUAGAAAAGUUUUUCCAAUUCAAGGGCAUCGACAAGCCACUGCCGCAAAUUAUCCACGAAUUGAAAUCAAAUGAAUUAAAUGUGAAAUUUGGUGACGCCGAUGUUAUCCAUGGUUUGGAGGAGCUAAUUAAAUGCGUCCACAUGCAAACGAACUCAAUAGUUGAUUCUUUAGAAUUGGCAUCAGCCUGUUGUGUUCGCAUAAUUGAGAAAGACUCCUGUAUGUCGCCUAAUUUGCCCGACAGCAUUUCCAACAUAUUACUGACGAUGUGUGAUUGGAUAGGUUCACAUCGUGGACACAGUCACAAUAUAACGCACGGCAAGCAAUUUCAGAGGCUGCAGAAACUUCUUCCAGAUGUGGGUUUUUGCUCUGCUGCUGAAAAAAGGUUACCAACGUUUGAAUAUGCCGUCGGUAAACUUUUGAAUGGCAGCAUUUUAUGUAGGGACAAUUACGCGGAUGCCUGGUUCUCAUUCGGCAAUUGGUGUUAUCGAUGGGGAAAGAAACUAAUGGAAACAUCCGGCAGCGGUGAUCAGCAGGACCUUCAUCGAAAUCACUCGGUCAUACAAAAUAUUCUAGGGGACCAGAUUGACAACGAUGUUGUAAAACAAAUUGUGCAAAUGUUGAACACUCAUAUAGCCAAAAUCAUGAGUGAUGACAAUGUCGAAGAUGACGUGUAUGUGGAUGGAGCAAACAACCCCACUGAAAAACUGGAGAGCGAUCUGAAAAAACUGUGCAACAUAUCAUCAGAACAAUUAAGUGCGAUUAUAUCGUUAUGGCGCCAGGAGCACAAGGGCGUCUACGGGUUCUAUCAGGAAGCAACUCGGGCAUACUUCAAAUAUUUAGCAAUACAAAGCGAUGCAGUAUCAAAUAAAAAAUCCAACUCCAUUAGUUCUGAAGUGGAGGAUUGCACGUUCGUAACCACCACUUUGCGUUUAUUGCGUCUGAUAGUAAAGCAUGCCCAAGGACUGCAGGAAGUAUUGGAGGAAGGUCUGCGGAAUACACCUCUGAGGCCCUGGAAAGUUAUUGUUCCGCAGUUGUUUAGUAGACUAAAUCAUCACGAAAACUAUGUGCGGCGCAGUGUGUCCGAUUUGUUAUGUCGUCUGGCCGUCAAUCAACCCCAGUUGAUUAUAUUUCCAGCGGUGGUGGGAGCUCAACAAGAGCUCAAACACUGCAGUGAAAGUACUGUUAUGGAUAGUCAGAAGCAACUAAGUAAUUGUUUUGUGGCACUUCUGCAUUCACUUUCAAGUCAGUGCCCGGACACGGUGAUACAGGUGCAGAUGCUCGUCAAAGAAUUGAGACGCAUUACGUUGUUGUGGGAAGAAUAUUGGAUUCAUGGUUUGGCCCUGCUUUAUGCGGAAUAUUCUCACCUGUACAAUUCGCUAGAUGCAGAAUCGAAGAAAGGUAGCUGUAUGGAUACGAUGUUGCCGAAGUACGAUAUUUUCCGACAGCACUUGUUGGCAGACUUUAAAAAGCUGGCUUGUGUUACUGAAAAGGAGCCGGAAACUAACUAUGAACGCAGUUUCAAGGAACGUUUUAAACCUCAUAUCGAAACCGUACUUAAGGAAUUGGAAACUCCCACUGAUCCCACCAAGCCUCAUGAAUAUUGGCAACGAAUCAAGCAGUUGUAUAACACAUUCCAGCAAAAGCCUCUUAGAGGCAGCUCAUCCACCAUGAGGGUAUAUGACGUCAGUCCCGUUUUGGCUAAUAUGCGAAAUACAAGCAUAGCAAUGCCGGGCGUAGACACGUAUGAGAAAUCAGCAGUGUACAUAAAAUCCGUCGAAAGUACAGUGUUCGUACUGCCCACGAAAACGAAGCCCAAGAAAUUAUCGUUUUGUGGCAGCAAUGGUCACAAUUAUACAUAUUUAUUCAAGGGACAAGAGGAUCUGCAUUUAGACGAACGCAUAAUGCAGUUCCUCUCGAUUUCCAAUUCAAUGAUGAUCCGAUCGAAUUAUUCCAAAGGUACGGCAAACUCGGAUAGCUUUAGAGCACAUCAUUAUUCAGUAAUUCCCUUGGGACCCCAAUCGGGUCUUAUCAGCUGGGUAGACAAUUGUACGCCGCUUUUUGCGAUUUACAAAAAAUGGCAACAACGAGAAGCUGCUUUGAAGCAACAACAAAAAGAACGUCAAUCGUUGAAAUCAGCAGAACUGGGUGUACAUAGCCCCUGCGUGGGCACCACUCGGCCUUCGGAGUUAUUUUAUAAUAAAUUGACACCGCUGUUGGCCGAGCGAAAUGUUAAAAUUUCUGAUCCACGUAAGCAGUGGCCGAUGCCGGUACUGAGACAAGUUUUGCGGGAACUAAGCGCAGAAACGCCGAGUGAUCUCUUGGCAAAGGAAAUUUGGUGUUAUUCCUCAAACGCAGUGGAUUGGCGCAAAUCAGUGCGUCGUUACACCACGUCAGUGGCAGUUAUGUCUAUUAUUGGGUACGUGAUUGGCCUUGGCGACCGCCACUUGGAUAACAUUCUAAUAAAACUUGGAACGGGCGAAAUUGUUCACAUCGACUACAAUGUAUGUUUCGAAAAAGGCAAGUCCUUAAGGGUUCCCGAGAAAGUGCCAUUCCGAUUGACCCAAAAUCUGAGAGCUGCACUUGGUCUGGUGGGAACUGAGGUAAGCGUUAAAAAAAUCUUAUUUGUAUAA